CGGAAGCCAGGGUGGCAAGCAGGCUGGAAACUGUCUCUCUUCCAGAGCUCUGCCGAACAGCUUCAGCCUACAGCUUUUUGCGAAAAGCUAGGGAAAUUUUUCAGGGCCCAAGAAGCCCUCCCUAUGAGCUUGGCACCAAGAAGCUGCGACCGAGCUGGUCUUUCUAUUUCACGCACUCCAGUAUUUGGGACGGUUGCUCCGGCCACAGGUAGAAUCGGGGUUCCGGGAAACCACAAUGCCUUUGGCUGGGACCCCAAUGUCUCCAGUGUGUCACGGAGCCACCAAGUGCGCAAGAGGGAUCUGCAGAGGUGGUAGCUACAGAAUCCCGACAGGAUGUUAGCAGCCUUCCCUGAGGCAUCGGAUGCUACAAUUCUCCCCGCCCCACCGAGGCGGCAGACCGCUGGGGCAGCUUUCAGCUACAGCCUCAGCUCCUAUUGGUGGCGGCUUCAAACCUUCUCCGCCCACUUCAGACCACACCAGGGGGCUGCUGGUUCCAGCCACCAUCCAGGGAAGGUCUGCUUGAGCUAUCCCUGCCCGCAGGCACCGGUUUCCAGCCCUCUGCAGGCGCCUACCGCGAAGACCACCAGGAGACUGAGAGAGACCGAUGCUCUGGGCAAAGCUGGACUAAGGGGUCCUGCUCAUUUUUUUUUUUCUCCCUCAACUGGAAAAGAAUCCAUGAAAACCAAAAGAAGCGCCAAAAGAAGGCUGCAGUUUGAAAAAAAGACCAGGGUGGCGCGAUUUACACUUCUUUCUGCGUUGCGGGGCGCUCAGUGCCCCUCCCACUUCGCCACCUACCCACAGUCCGUUCGGCCACAGCGCACUUCUCCUGCCUGAGAGCCCAAGCCCUUGAACAAUGGAAGUCUCUACCCUCUCAGGCGCCACCCCUGGCAUCGCCUUUCCUCCCGGACCCGAGAGCUGCAGCGACGGCCCAAGUUCCUACAGGGGCGUGGGGUCCACCCCAGGUGGGCUCACCGUGCCUGGCCGCGAGCCGCCUUUCUCUGUCUUCACCGUGCUGGUGGUCACUCUAUUGGUGUUGCUGAUCGCUGCCACUUUCUUAUGGAACCUGCUAGUUUUGGUGACUAUCCUGCGCGUCCGAGCCUUUCACCGCGUGCCCCAUAACUUGGUGGCCUCGACAGCCGUCUCGGACGUCCUGGUAGCGGCGCUGGUGAUGCCGCUGAGCCUGGUGAGCGAGCUGUCGGCCGGGCGACGUUGGCACCUGGGCAGGAGUCUGUGCCACGUGUGGAUCUCCUUCGACGUGUUGUGCUGCACGGCCAGCAUCUGGAACGUGGCGGCCAUCGCCCUGGACCGCUACUGGACCAUCACGCGCCACCUGCAGUACACGCUGCGCACGCGGCGCCGCGCUUCAGCGCUCAUGAUCGCGGUCACCUGGGCGCUGUCGGCGCUCAUCGCGCUCGCCCCGCUGCUCUUUGGCUGGGGAGAAGCCUACGACGCUCGGCUGCAGCGUUGCCAGGUGAGCCAGGAGCCCUCCUACGCCGUCUUCUCCACCUGCGGAGCCUUCUACCUUCCCCUGGCGGUGGUGCUCUUCGUCUACUGGAAGAUUUACAAAGCUGCCAAGUUUCGGUUUGGCCGCAGACGCCGGGCUGUGGUGCCCUUGCCCGUCCCCAUGCAGGCAAAGGAGGCCCCUCCGGAGGCUGAGAUGGUCUUCACAGCUCGUCGAAGGGCGACAGUGAUCUUCCAGACCAGCGGAGACUCGUGGCGGGAGCAGAAGGAGAAGCGGGCAGCCGUGAUGGUGGGGAUCCUGAUUGGCGUGUUCGUGCUGUGUUGGAUCCCCUUCUUCCUGACAGAGCUCAUCAGCCCGCUCUGCGCCUGCAGCCUGCCGCCCAUCUGGAAAAGCAUAUUCCUGUGGCUCGGAUAUUCAAAUUCUUUCUUCAACCCCUUAAUUUACACCGCCUUUAAUAAGAACUACAAUAAUGCCUUCAAGAGCCUCUUCACUAAGCAGAGAUAAGAAGGGCUGGGGAGACAGAAGGGAAGACCUGGGAAGAGCGAGGGGAUCCGUAAUUCUCACUCUGCCAUAGCACACUAAUGACGGUGUUGUACCACUGGGGCUGGAAUGUUCAAAAGUUCUCAUGAAGGGUGGCAACUGUUCGCCAGACAUGCCCAUGCCUUCUGCAGAAGGACAAGACAGACAUUACCAGUGAAUUGUACAUUUUUAUAGUAGGUCAAACCUUUUUGGGAUGUAUUUUAGUUGUUACUGAUAAUUUGCUAGACUUGACCCGUGACACAGUUGAUUUGUGUUUGCUUUAUUCACUACUCUGUCCCUCGGCGAGGGUCUCUCUGGGCUUUCCUUAGACUGUCUCCUUGACAUAGCUUCUCCUCUACACAUUCUCUACUGGAGGAGUUUGGCCUUUCUUAGCCUCAUGUAAUUCAGUGGUUCUCAGUUUGGGAGCAGACGAGCCUCACCUGAAGCUUGGUUACAGAGUGUUUCAUGCAGGUGUCUUCAAGAUGCUCAGUACAUGGAGGCACCUGCUGCUGAGCCGGGUGGUCUGCUUUUGAUUCUCGAGACACACACAAUGGAAGAAAAGAAAGAAAACUAUCUACUGCAACUUGUCUCUGACCUCCAGAUAUGUGCCAUACCACCCCUCCCCCAUGUGCACACAAAAUAAAUAAUACCUUUACUUUGAAAAUAGAAAAACAGUGUUCAGUAAUUCAUACGAACCAAUCAGACUCUCAAAGAGGUCUGAUGGUCUGGUAUUGAGUUUUAAUGGUUUUUCUGUUUUGUUUUUGUUGUUAUAUUUUGAGACAGGAUCUCUGGUGUAGCCCUGUCUGGACUGGGACCCAUUAUGUAGACCAGGCUGGGCCCCUAAUGCACAGAAAUCCACCUGCCUCUGCCUCCCAAGUGCCAGCUGGGAUUAAAGGUAUGCAUAUUAUCAUGCGAAGCUUUUUUUUUAACAUUUUAGUCCAUGUGAGAUACUCCGAGGUACUUAUAUUACUCUUUAAAGUUUUUUUAAGAUUUAUGUUUAUUUUUACUGAUUGUGUGUGUGUGUAUGCUGGUGUCUGCAGGGACCAGAAGAGGGUAUCAGAUCCUCUGGAGGUGGAGUUACAGGUAGUUCUAAGCUGCCCCAUGUGAAUGCUGAGAACUGAACUCUGGUCCUCUGCAAGAUCAACAAGUGCU